CAUAUUUAUUCACACAAACCAACCUCACAACAAAAUCGGGACAAACUCACGCAACAUGGAGAACGGUGGUGGUGGUGGCGGGGAUGAUCUGAGACUGGCGUUCUUGUCGCCGGAGAAAGAUGACGUGGCGGAGGAUGAGGUGUUUUCCCGGAGAUUUUGGGAGGAGACGAAGAAGCUGUGGCAGAUAGUGGCACCCAGCAUCAUAAGCAGGGUGGCUUCAUACACCAUGAACGUCAUCACUCAAGCUUUCGCCGGCCAUCUCGGCGACGUCGAACUCGCCGCCGUCUCCAUCGCCAACUCCGUCAUCGUCGGCUUCAACUUCGGCCUCCUCUUGGGGAUGGCGAGUGCGUUGGAAACGCUGUGCGGGCAAGCGUUUGGAGCAAAACGCUACGACAUGUUGGGAGUGUACUUGCAGAGAUCGUGGAUUGUGUUGCUCGUCUGCUGCUUAUUUCUCUUGCCGCUUUACGCUUUCGCCACGCCGAUUCUGAAACUCCUCGGACAGCCUGAUGACGUGGCAGUUCUCUCCGGCGUCGCCGCCGUCUGGAUGAUUCCUCUCCACUUCAGCUUCGCCUUUCAGUUCCCUCUCCAUCGUUUCCUCCAGAGCCAACUCAAAACUCAGGUGAUAGCGUGGGUAUCAUUCGCAGGACUGGUGGUCAACGUAUUGACCAGUUGGGUAUUCGUGAGUGUGUUUGAUUGGGGAAUCAUCGGAGCCUGCUUGGCUCUGGACAUCUCGUGGUGCAUUUUGCCGGUCGGGCUAUACAUCUACUCGUCAUGCGGCGGCUGUCCGCUGACGUGGACAGGCUUCUCGCCGGAGGCUUUCACCGGACUUUGGGACUUCUUCAAGCUCUCCGCCGCCGCCGGUGUCAUGCUAUGUUUGGAGAAUUGGUACUAUAGGAUACUGAUUUUAAUGACGGGACAUCUGAAAAAUGCAAAAAUAGCUGUCGAUGCGUUGUCUGUUUGUAUGAGCAUUAAUGGUUGGGAAAUGAUGAUUCCAUUGGCUUUCCUCGCCGCAACAGGGGUGAGAGUUGCGAACGAGCUGGGAGCAGGGAACGGAAAGGGAGCGAAGUUUGCGACCAAAGUGUCGGUCGGACAUUCAACGGUGAUCGGACUUUUGUUCUGUCUCGUCGUAAUGUUACUACGGGAAAAGGUCGCUCUCAUCUUCACUUCAAGCCCUCAAGUUCUAUCCGAAGUCGACUCUCUCGCUUACCUUUUGGCCGCCACCAUUCUCUUGAACAGCAUCCAACCUGUUCUAUCGGGGGUGGCGGUCGGGUCGGGGUGGCAGGCGAAGGUGGCUUAUGUGAACUUGGGAUGUUACUACCUUGUCGGGGUUCCACUUGGAGCUAUCAUGGGAUGGGUCUUCGAGUUUGGUGUCAUGGGCAUGUGGGGAGGGAUGAUUCUUGGUGGUACUUUUGUUCAAACGGUGAUAUUGGCCAUUAUAACGAUGCGUUGUGAUUGGGAUAAAGAGGCGGCCAAAGCGAUAGAGCGAGUGAAUACGUUGUCUAUACACGACGACGAGGACUUGUUGCAGUAAAGAUAUGGUUUCUUUUCAUAUAUAUUAUAUAUAUAUGUAUGUAUAGAUACUUGUUUAAUAAAUAAAAAAACCAUAUGACAAAUAGAUUCUUGAAUUAAUUUGACCAUUUAUGUGGCUUUCAAUAUGAUUCCAA